UAAUCUAAAAUGAGGAAAACAAAAACAGCUUAAAAGAAGAGGAAGAGGAAGAAAUGCGUAAAAAUAAUGCCUACUCGAACGCAUGCGCCCAGUGACCACCCCGCCGCCAACACGUGAAGACCCGCACCUCAAAAACUCGCUAAUUUCUGCCUUAAUACACCUCCCAGGUCAGCCCCCCUUGGUGACUGUCACUCCCUUGUCAGCGGCAGGAUGAGUGCGUCGCCGCGCCACAGCGUCAACGGCGCUUCACCAGUCCGGGAGAGGUCACGCGACCCCUCCUUCUCACGCUCCAGGUCAAGGUCAUACGAUAGGAAGCCUGAAGCGUACAAAUCCUCGUCCUCGCGCCGCUCCGGGUCACCGCGCUACUACCGAGAGGAUCGUUACCGCUAUGACAAAUACUCCUCCUCCACCUCCUCCUCCCGUCGCCGCACCUCACGCUCCCCCUCGCCCUCCUACUCCAGGGGCCACCGGAGCAAUAGGUCACCCAUGUCCAACCGGCGGCGUCACCAUGGCAGCCGCGAGGACCCUAACCCGAGCAACUGUCUUGGGGUGUUUGGGCUGAGUCUGUACACCACGGAGAGGGAGCUUCAUCACCUGUUCAGCAAAUAUGGACCAGUGACGAAGGUUCAGGUGGUGCUGGACGCCAAGACUGGGCGUUCCCGCGGAUUCUCGUUCAUCUACUUCGAGAACACCGAGGACGCGACGGAGGCCAAGGAACAGUGCUCGGGGAUGGAGAUUGAUGGGCGACGCAUCCGAGUUGACUAUUCCAUUACGGAGCGUGCCCACACACCAACCCCGGGCAUCUACAUGGGACGGCCGACCUACUCCAACUACGGCAGGCGAGGCGGCGGCAGCGGCGGCGGUGGAGGCGGUGGUGGUGGCGGUCGGUAUGGCGGAGGAGGUGGCGGAGGCGGCAGCGGCGGUGGCGGUUAUGGCGGGCGCCGUCGGUCGCCUUCCCCAUACCACCGCGGGGCCUCAAACCGUCGGUCCUACAGGUCACGGUCGCGGUCGGAUUCCCCUCGUCGAUACAGCCGAUAUUGAAUGCUUGUCUAGGGUGUGGUGGUGAUGGUGGUGGUGGCGAUGGUGUGCUCAGUAUGCUAGUGGUCCAGUAGUUGAUAGGCACCAUUUCCCGGCACUGCUCUGGCGGCACUGUUCACUCCGUCUUACCUGUAACACAGUGCCAACUCACAGGGGAGGUUACGUAUGUGUGUUUGAGGGUGUGGGUGCUGUUCCAUGUGUAUGCUCCCAGUUUGUAUGUUAGUCAAGUUACCCCUUAAAUAGCAACACUUUCUUAGGUAGUGACAGCUGAGGGUAGAGUUAGGUUAGGUUAGGUACAGGGGAGGUUAUGUGUGUGUGUGUGUGUGUGUGUGUGUGUGUGUGUGUGUGUGUGUGUGUGUGUGUGUGUGUUAUUCCUUAUUCUCCUGGUUCGUAUGUUAGUCGAGUUACCCCUUAAAUAGCAACACUUUCUUAGGUAGUGACAGCUGAGGGUAGAGUUAGGUUAGGUUAGGUACAGGGGAGGUUAUGUAUGUGUAUGUGUGUGUGUUAUUCCUUAUUCUCCUGGUUUGUAUAUUAGUCGAGUUACCCCUUAAAUAGCAACACUUUCUUAGGUAGUGACAGCGGAGGGUAGAGUUAGGUUAGGUUAGGUACAGGGGAGGUUACGUGUGUGUGUGUGUGUGUUGAGUUAGUCCUUAUGCUCCCAGUUUGUAUGUUAGUCAAGUUACCCCUUAAAUAGCAACACUUUCUUAGGUCAUCUCAGUGUAGGGUAGAAUCGGGUUAGGUUAGGUUCAAGGAAGGUUACAUAUGGAGGUGUGUGUGUGUGUGUGUGUGUGUGUGUGUGUUGAGUUAGUCCUUCUAUAGUAACACUUUCUCUACUAGCGUGCAAAUACGACCACAACUUCUACCAAACAAAACCUUGCCAAUUAUGUGUGUGAGAGCCCUGAGACAUUCAACAACACUGGCCUCUGCGUCACUCUGGGUUAUGUUAGGUUAGGUUAGGUUCAAGGAAGGUUAUGUAUGGAGGUGUGUGUGUUGAGUUAGUCCUUCUAUGGUAACACUUUCUCUACUAGCGUGCAAAUACGACCACAACCUCUACCGAAACCUUGCCAAUUAUGUGUGUGUGAGCCCCAAAGCAUUUGACAUUGGCCUCUGCGUCACUCUGGGUUGUGUUGCUGUAAGGACCAGUUAACCGAGUGUGUUUUGACGUAAGGUUGAGUAGAGGAGGAGAAUGAGUUAGAGGGAGAAUAGAGGUGUUAUGUGUCACUAGUUAGCUUAGCACCACCAGCCAGGCCAUGGGUGUGUGUUUGGAUAGGUGUGUUAGAGGUGUUUGGAUGCUAUAUCAGGCUUGUGUGUGUGUGUGUGUGUGUGUGCGUGCGUGGAAAGACAGAGAGGGAGAGAGAGAAAACCUUGUGUGUGUGUGUUUGGAGUGAGAGAGAGAAAGGGAGCCUGUGUUUGUGAGUGUGCGAGUGUGUGUGUUUGCAGAGAGAAAGAGAGCGAGAGAGAGAAACUUUGUGUGUGUGUGUGUGUACAGAGAGAGGAAAGGAGUGUACGUGUGUGUGUGUGUGCAUGUGUGUGUCCUUAUCCCAAUUCUCUACCUUUUCAUUUCGUUCUGGUAACACUGCACGGAAAUUCAUUACUUAAUUUGGCGUAUAAGGAAAAAAAAAGUUCAAAGAAGAAAAAAAAAGUGCAUAUUUCUUAAGGGAUUCAUAUAUAAGGUUCAAGAUCACUCUUUGUUUAGUUAUAUCUUUUGUUUGUCUUAAUCUCUUGUUUUGAAAUAGGAUGUGAUUAUUUGAGUUUAGUCUACCCUGCAAAGAGAGUAUUUGGUUUAGUCUACCCUGCAAAGAGAGUAUUUGGUUUAGUCUACCCUGCAAAGAGAGUAUUUUGGUUUAGUCUACCCUGCAAAGAGAGUAUUUUGGUUUAGUCUACCUUGCAAAGAGAGUAUUUGGUUCAGUCUACCCUGCAAAGAGAGUAUUUUGGUUUAGUCUACCCUGCAAAGAGAGUAUUUGGUUCAGUCUACCCUGCAAAGAGAGUAUUUUGGUUCAGUCUAUCCUGCAAAGAGAGUAUUUUGGUUUAGUCUACCCUGCAAAGAGAGUAUUUGGUUCAGUCUACCCUGCAAAGAGAGUAUUUGGUUUAUUCUACCUUGCAAAGAGACUAAAUUCCUCCUAGUUGUCUUAUAUUUUUUGUCUAAGUAAGUCUCUGUAAGGCAAAAGUAUAUGAUCAAGUCUUUUUCAUAAGUUCUGAGUCGUAAGGAAACUGAUCAGCAUUUUUUUCAUCUUUUUUUUCCAAGUUCUCGGAAAAAAAUCUUAAGUUCUAAGACGAGAAAAAAUUAUAAGUUUUUUCUUAAGUUCCCCCACCUUUUCUGUUCACAUAAAAAAUAAAAAACAAACAAAAACAGUCGUAUUUCUUGAUUUAUUUACAUUUAGUUCAUUUCUUCUUCGUUGAUAAAAAUAAUAAUAAUAAUAAUAGCCUGUGUGUGUGGCUACCCUAAUGCUUGUGUGCGUGCGUGUGUGUGUGUGCGUGAGGGAAGGAAGGAAGGGUAGCGUUUAACAUUGGCUACCCUAAUGUGUGUGUGUGUGCGUGCGUGUGUGUGUGUGUGUGUGUGAAGGAAGGAAGGGUAGCGUUUAACUUUGGCUACCCUAAUGUGUGUGUGCGUGCGUGUGUGUGUGUGUGCGUGAGGGAAGGAAGGAAGGGUAGCGUUUAACAUUGGCUACCCUAAUGCCUGUGUGUGUGUGUGUGUGUGUGUGUGUGUGUGUGUGUGAAGGAAGGAAGGGUAGCGUUUAACAUUGGCUACCCUAAUGCCUGUGUGCGAGUGUGCGUGUGUGUGUGUGUGUGUGUGUGUGUGGGAAGGAAGGAAGGGUAGCGUUUAAUAUGUCUAAGGUAUAAGAUGUUUAGAAUUAAUAUGAUUUGUGUUGUUUUAGUCUUUCUCUUGUUCUUUUUCUCCUUUAAUAUUCAUAUCUUUUUUAUUUUUUCAUUCCUUCGUAUUCUUUCCUUCCUCCUACAUUGCAAUUUUUAUUUUAUUUUUAAUUUUCCUGAUAUUUUGUUUUCCUUUAUUCUCCUUUUCCUGUUUUCCUUCCUUGAUUUUCUUUUUUUUUUUUUUUUCAUUUUUCAUUCCUUGGUAUUUUUUUCUUCCUUCUAUUUCUUUAUUUUUCCUUUUUUUUAAUUUUCCUGAUAUUUUGUUUUCCUUUAUUCUCCUUUUCCUGUUUUCCUUUCUUGAUUUUCUUUUUUUUUUCAUUUUUCAUUCCUUGGUAUUUUUUUCUUCCUUCUGUUUCUUUAUUUUUCCUUUUUUUCAUUUUCCUGAUAUUUUGUUUUCCUUUAUUCUCCUUUUCAUGUUUUCCUUCCUUGAUUUUCUUUUUUUUUCAUUUUUCAUUCCUUGGUAUUUUUUUCUUCCUUCUAUUUCUUUAUUUUUCCUUUUUUUCAUUUUCCUGAUAUUUUGUUUUCCUUUAUUCUCCUUUUCCUGUUUUCCUUCCUAGAUUUUCUUUUUUUUUUUUCAUUUUUCAUUCCUUGGUAUUUUUUUCUUCCUUCUAUUUCUUUAUUUUUCCUUUUUUUCAUUUUCCUGAUAUUUUGUUUUCCUUUAUUCUCCUUUUCCUGUUUUCCUUCCUUGAUAUUCUUGACAUUUUUAGGUAUUUUCUUUUCCUUAUUCUUCCUUUUUUCUCUUCAUAUUUUUGUCUGUGUAUUUCUCUUCAUUUCACAUUAAUUUUCAUAUCUUAUUGUUUUCAUUAUUUCUCUUCUACUUUGUUUUAUCAGUUAUUCUUUUAUUUCUUUCAUUUUCCUUGGUCUUAAUUUCUACUCACAUUCUUCCUUUAUUUUCCUAUUUUCAUUCAUUGUUUUCUCCGUUCCUUCCGUCCAUAUAUUCUGCCAUUAGUGUUUUUCUCCAUUUCCUUGGUAAUCUCUUUCAUUUUCAUCUUUUUUCUCAUUUCUCGGUUAAUUUCUACUCACAUUCUUCCUUUAUUUUCCUAUUUUCAUUCAUUGUUUUCUCCGUUCCUUCUGUCCAUAUAUUCUGCCAUUAGUAAUUGGCUCCAUUUCCUUGGCAAUCUCUUUCAUUUUCAUCUUUUUCCUCAUUUUUUGGUCCUAAUUUCUACUCACAUUCUUCCUUUACUUUCCUAUUUUCAUUCAUUGUUUUCUCCGUUCCUUCCGUCCAUAUAUUCUUCCAUUAUUAUUUGCCUUCAUUUUCAUCUUUCUCCUCAUUCCUUGCUCCUAAUUUCUGCUUAACAUCCUUUUUCUUUCACUCAUUCCUCGGUCUUUCAUUCUCCGUUCCUUCUAUCCCUCAGUAUGUCUCUCUCCGUCCCUUUCUUCUCCUUCCUAUAUGUUAAGUAUUUUUCUAGCGCCUGCUCACUAUGAUUACAACUAGGAUUAUUAUUAUUAUCACUGUGUUUAUGUAACUAUUCAGCCUAUUUUGCCGAGUGUGUGUGUGUGCGUAUCAGGCAUCGGAUAUUAGUCUUGUGAUUUACCACGUACCUAGGGUGUGUUUUUGACGGUGGUGCAGUGUGUCUCCCUCGCCCCUCUUUGCCUUUGUUCUCUCGUUAUUUUCAUUUUUCAUUAUCAGCGUGGAUUUCAAAAUGAUCAGUGGUAUUUUUUUCAAGUUCCGAGACAGGGAAAAACACCUAAUCAAUUUUUUUCAUGUUUUCUCACCUUUUCUGUUCACAUCAAAAAGCAAUUAUUUAUCACCGAUUCACGUUAAAUUCUCCGAGUCUUGCUUCCCACUCCCACCAAUCCCUCUUCCUACCACUCGAGGGAGACACGGUUAGCUGCAUACAGUACCAGUAACAAUGAUGAUUGAUAUGUUAGCUUGGAGAGUAGGAUACCCCUCGCUCGGUUGGCCUGUCUGCCGAGCGUCUGGGGGCGAGAGAGUUCUAGUAGAUUAGGUGGUCGGCGAUUUGGCGGCUUGCACUGGUGUGAGAAUUGAAUAAACAGACCCUUAAUGCA